AUGAAAAAAGAAGAAGAAUCAAAUAUAUUAUUUAGAUAUAAACUAUCAUACGAUGAAGAAUUACUAUCAACUUCAUCAAAAAAGAUUAGUACUUAUAGAAAUGAAGAAGAAGGUAUUACUCAAGAAGAUGUGUUGAACUCUGUUUCUGAAAUUUCUGAUACCUUUGGAGAAACUAAAUUUCUGAAAAUACUAAAUCAGGUUCACAAACUUUUGAGCGAUUAUGAAUUGAAUUUUUUAUUUGAAAGGUUAAGUUUGACAGAUGAGAAUGAAUGUAUAAGUGAGAAAACGCGUAAAUAUAUAACACUAUUUGAUGAGAUUAUUGAGGAAGAGAGUUGUGAUAACAGUGAUUUAGAAUUUGAAAAUAAUGACAUAACUGAUAAAAGAAAUAGUGAAGAGUUUGAGAAAACCAUUGCAAAAAUGAAGGGAAAAAUUCAUCAAUUAGAUAGUCUAUCUGAAAAAUUUCAUUAUCUAUCUAACACCUUUUCUAUUCCUGCAGAGAGUUAUGAUCAAUCAAAAACGCCUGAUAUUUUUGUUAUUAAGAGCGUCUCUAGUCACCUUGAUACAAUCACAAAAAUGAACGGUUUAAUGAGAAAUACUCCUGAACAUAUUUUUACCAAAAUCGAUAAUGGAUAUAAAGCUAAUAGUGUCUUAGAGUUUUUUAAACGAUCAAGGCAAAUUCUGUUAUUUUUGCUUGAGGUUUUAGAAGGUCCUAAUAAUCCAGACCCAGUUAAAAUUAGUAAAGAUAGAAAAAGUUGA